UACGGGCUGGCGACUGGAUGUGGGAGAGCUGAAGUGCCUCGGGGUCUGCGGUGCAGUUGAAUAGCGCCCCCUUUCCGUGGUCAGGGGGCCUCUCAACUGCCCCGCAGGCCUGGGGUCUCCAGGGCGAGUGCGGUUUUCUGCAGUGGUGGGAGGGGAGGGAGGGCUUCUCCCCCCACCCGGGAAAGUUGAUGCCUUUGUUUCAGGAAACAAACUUGAGUGGACUCUGCUUUUCAGGGUGUUUUAGCUACUUAAAAGAAAACGAUACGGACAGACUAACAUUUACCGCAGUUGUGUUCCUUAUCCCUCAGGCCUGGAGGGUCAUUGGUUCUAAUCACCCAGCCUUGACGUUUAGGGUAGUGGGGAAAAGGUCUGAUCAUAUCCUACGCGUUAAGAUUUCAGUUAUAGUUCCUCUCAUUAUGAAGCUGGCGAAACGAAAGCAUUCUUAACUAUCCAACGUUUUUCUUCUCCUCGACCCCCCUACGGCAGGUUUUGAAGAGGUAAACCAAGACUUCAUAUUCAAGAUGGAAAGUCGUGCAGACUCAGCUGUGAUUUUACCUGGCACUCCACAAGGCUGUGCCCACGUGCCAUCUCCCCACACAAGCAGUAGUUCAAGAAAACCUAUGAGUGCAACACUUAGAGAACGGUUAAGGAAAACUAGAUCUUCAUUUAGUUCCUGCUACAGUGUGGUAAAACGUCUUAAAGUAGAGACUGAGGAAAACGAGCAGACCUUUUCAGAGAAACCAUCUUCAACAGAAGAAAGCUGUUUGGAAUUUCAAGAUAAUUUUAAACACAUAGACAGUGAAUUUGAAGAAAGUUCAUAUUUGAAAAAUACCUUCAAGAAUAUCAAUGCAUGUGAAUCUAAGUCACUUGAUACUGGAUCUUGCAGUGAUCUGCAAAAUGAUUUUGAUGAGAAUCUUCCCCAAAAAGGAUUAAAUGAAGAAAAGGCAAAAUUGGUGAGGCAGAUUCGGGAGAAAGAAGACCUUCUUCGGAGGCUAAAACUAGUUAAAAUGUAUAGAUCAAAGAAUGACCUGGCUCAGUUACAGCUGUUAAUAAAGAAGUGGAGAAGUUGUAGCCAACUGUUGCUUUAUGAGUUGCAGUCAGCUAUGUCUGAGGAGAACAAGAAACUCAGCCUUACUCAGUUGAUAGAACACUAUGGGUUGGAUGAUAAAUUGCUACACUAUAACAGAAAUGAAGAAGAAUUUAUACAUGUUUAAUUCAUAAUUUCUUCUCCAGAAUAUCUUUGACACUUACAUCUUAAAAAAUACACAUUUUAAAGAGAAGAUAUGAACCAUUAGGGCUUAAAGAAAGGUAUUUGGUGAACAUUAAUUUAGGGCACUCUGUUAGAUAAAAUAUAAGUUUUAAAAUGAAGAUUUAGUAUUGGAUAAAUUUGCCAAAGAAAAUUUGACAUUUAAAGAAAUGUGAAAAAAUUUUACUCAUAUUUUAAAACAUAAUUUGGGUAGUUCUGGAAGUCAGUUAGUUGUAAUAUAUUAUUAUGUUUAUUAUGGUAAAAGAAGUUUUUUUAUUAAAUGUUAAAAAAAAGUGAAUCAGGUGAAUGUCUAAACCUAAAAUGGUCUAAAAAUGCCUGCCUUUCUCCUAAGUUUAUGAACUUUGUUUCCACCCAUUUACCACGUAUUUCUAUCUGGAUGGUCUUUUGGGUAAUUAAACUCAUAGGUCCAAACUUACAUUCUUCCUGUCUCUUUACAUUUGUUUCUUGUAUUCCUCAUCUCAUUUGGUGAAAUGACUGUCUUUCUCUUAGAAAACUGCAUAUUCUCUUUUCCUACUCCAAGACAUCGUGGCCUACAAGGUCUUUCAUAUCCAUCUACCGUUCUAGCUUCAUCUGUGAAAUAAUUAGGCGUAGAGUGUUGACUUAGUUCAGUGUUACUUCUCAGCCAGAAACCGACCUUCAUUCAAUUGUGUUUCUGGCUGCCCUGUUGUACAAUGUUACCUGUCCUGGCCACAUACAGAAGUGUGACCAAAGCUGGCCCAGUCUUUGAGAAUUUGGAAUUGUGUUCAGGGAGAGGAAAGCCCAUCUCUUUUUGUGGCUGAAACUGUUGUAUGUAAACUUGGAAGCAGAAGAGCUGGUGUACUUCCAGAAAUCCUUCCUGAGGGCUUUCUGGAUUUCUGCUUUUAGAUUCUUUUAAGGGGGAAAACAGCUUUACUUAGUUUUUCUUUUAAAAAAGCAAACAAAAAAGUACCUUUCUACUCAUAGGCCCUCUCCUCCAAGUGUAUCCCGCUUUCAGCCCACUUCCCUCCCCAUGAUCUAACAAACUAAAUAUUUGGUAUAGCAGCCCUGGCUGGUGUGGCUUUGUGGGAUGAGUG